GCCCCUCUGCCCUGUGUGCCCUGCUACCCAGACAAGGGUAAUUUUGUUGUUUUCCCCAAUGAAUGACAAGUCCUUAAUACAAUCUCAACCAACUGUACUUAACUACCACUUUGGUAAUUGCCCUCAGUGCCUCCUGGCUGACUGAGUAAAUGGUUAUUCUUCUGUUAACGAUACCUUCAUUCAGGCACCAAAAUUCUAGAACUCCCUCCUCCUAAAAAUCCACAAUGCCGCUUCCCUUACCCUGUUCAAACAUCUCCUGUACAUGCACCUCCUUUCCCUCCAAAUAGAAUUUAUUUAACCACCGUUUAAAUUUACUCUGUAAUUAUUAUUUUUCUAUCUUAAUUUUCAGGGUUAUUCGUUUUAGUUUUAACUCCUUUGGGUUUUGUUUUAUAUAAGUCAGUUUAUAAUAAGUUGAUCAUGAUGAGGUUUAUUUUUAUUUUUGUCAAAAUGAUAAUAAUUUUCUCUUUAACCUAUGUAAUCUAAGAGGAUACCUGUCCCAGAAUAAUUAUUUUUCUUCUUCUUCUUCUUCCUUAGCACAGUGUUAAAUAGCCACCGUCUCCAGUUGAAAGACAUUGCCCAAGGCUUAAAUGAAUUCUAGUCCUUGGUUUAGACCAUAGAUACCAUCUCCUGACCCAUACUUGGUUUUGGAGCAAUCUGUAUACAGGAUAUGGUUGGCAUUAACUGGGAUCCCAUUCUUCCAGUCUGCUUUACCAGAAAUUUCUCUAAUAAUAAGGGGAAUGAAAUCCCUCUCUGGAGUCAAUAUUUGAAAAUUAUAGAACUAGCAACUAGGUAGAUCAGCUUACAUCCUUUACGAAUGUGAGGCUCUAGUCAUAGGUAAAGGCCCCCAUUUUGGACAAAUUUCACAUUGGGAGACAAGACCUUUACAUGACCUCCUUCUUUUUAAGAAGCUUAAGAAAAAUAAUAAGGCUUUUUGAGAAUGUAUCAAAAGACAAACUUGUACACAAUUUGCCAUUUGAUUAUUACAAAUAUAUUUGAAAAGUGAUAGUACCAAGCUGAAAACAAUGAACAUACCACUUCUAUUCACAAAUAGUGAAGUUUUUAACAUUAUUGGAAUAUGAGUGGGUGGGGGAGAAAUGGCAAAUAGUAGGGAAAAAGAUAGUGUGGUGGUGGGUCAAAAUGGAGGGGUGCAAUCUUUGAAAGUUAAUGGUAAAUUUAAAAUGACUUUAAUCUUGAAAGUGUGGUUCUGAGGUGAUGAUAAUAUUAUAAAUUAUUCAUGAUAAUUUGUGUGUAAUUCGUGUAGUUCAAAAUGGCUCAACAAUUUUCAGUCGGAGAAAUAGUUUUUGCAAAAAUCAAAGGAUAUAGACCAUGGCCUGCGGUAAUAUCGUACGUUUCAACACAAUCCAAUGGGAAAAUUAAUUAUCACGUGGUGUUUUAUGGAACUGGAAACUCUUCUGUAGUCGGUUCGAGAAAAAUUUGGAAAAUAUGUGAUAAAAUGGCUGUGAUGGGGAAUCCGCGUAAGUGCAAGCGGUUUGCAGCAGCUAUAAAAGACAUGAUUGCUUCUUUGGAACUGGAAGAUCCUUACGACACAAAUGAAACUCUGAGAAAAAUUAACGACAUCCGGAAAAAGCCUACGCCUAGGAGAGAAUUGAACUCUACAUCUCUCUCUUUGUCUCUCUCCAGUUCUAUGACUUUGGCUGGAUCUUCAUCUUCUAUCUCAAGACCAUCAGCUCCGUUUCAUGAGAAAUUUUCUUUUAAAACAAUGCCUUUGACGACAGGGUCAACUUUCGCUGUCAAAUCGCUUGAAGUCAACAGACAGAUGUCUAAAUGCAUCCCUUUCAAGAAAAGAAUAAUAGCCAAUUUAUUAUUUGACCCUGUGGAAACUGAGCUGAGACAAAUCCAAGAGUCGGAAAAGAACGAAACCGAAGCACAUCAAUUGCACGGUCCAUCUUCUUCCUUCGACGCUGGGAAAAUCUUGGGACAGACCAUAGAAGAAAUCCUUACCGACAUGUAUGGGAACGUUGGUAAAAGUAAACAAGAACCUUUGUCAAACCUUGCAAAUGAAGUCCAGAAAAGCCACAAAGACAAGAUUAUCAGAAAAUCACUGAAUUCAAUUUCUUCGAGCAACCAAGGCUUGACGAGGAAAGUCAUGAGAACAGCACACACACAGAUCAAAGGAAACAAGGAAAGUAAGACAAAGACUGGCCAAAAUUCAUUUUUACUUACCAUAAAUGACACCCAUAAGGAAAGAAGAAUCGAAGUCCAAGAAAGUUAUGCCAAUAAAUGUUACAGUGCUUUUAAUCGGCAAGCGACGACGGAACCCCUUGUCAAAAAGACAUGGGUAAAAUCAGUUUGCAAUGAGAAUAUAAAGAAAAAUAAAAUGUACAAAACCAUCGAGGGUUCUUCAAACAACCAAAAUUUACCCAAUUCCAUCGAUAUGAUUGCAAAGUUCAAAGGAUGCCCAUGCGGUAAUAAUUUUAAGAUUUUUAAAUUUUAUUUUGGCUUCGUUUUUGUUUUUUCAAGUUGUGUAGUUACAGAAAUAAAGGGCCAUCAAUCCUUGGAGGAAUGCAGAAUGUCUCCAAAAGAGGGUCAAAAGUCAUCAUUAGCCUGUGUAUCAGAUAUUAAUGAGACAGUUUGUAAUAGAAAGAAUUGUUUUUGAUAUGACUUACAAGAAAGAAGAUUUGUCCGACUUUAUUAUUUUAUAUGUAUAUAUAUUUAAUUUUUUUACUGUUGUUCACUUUAUAGACAACAAUGUAUUUAUGGAUCUUAUUAAAUAAAUUUAUAUUAUUUUAAUUAGAUUAGGAUAGUUGAUUUUCAGAAGUGGGAUUCGAUUCACCGAGGUGAGAAAGGUGAUCUUAUGGAUAGACUUGGACUAGCUCUCGAAGACGAAUUAGGUACUGCGUCCGACCUGGAUGAAGAGGUCGAACACGAAACUGAGGAACGAGUCAAGCUUUCGUCAGAAUAUCGUCCUAAGUUCACACUCACGUUCAGGGAUGUGGAAGAAAUGAUUAAACCCUUUUCAGGAGAAAAUAAAUACCCGAUCGAGAUG